AUGAAAACUCAGAGUAAACGUGGCAAGGGUUUGAUAAACACUCUGAUUAAUAAACUUCCCGUUGAAUUUCAUAUUCCUGGAUAUUCUUAUUGUGGACCUGGAACAAAAUUACAACAACGCUUAGAACGAGGUGAUGAAGGAAUUAAUCCAUUAGAUCAAGCUUGUAAAGAACACGAUAUUGCAUACUCACAAAAUAAAAAUAUAAACGAAAGACAUAAAGCUGAUAAAAUAUUAGAGAACAAAGCCUGGAAUAGGGUUAAAUCAAAAGACGCUAAAUUUGGAGAAAAAGCUGCAGCUUGGUUUGUAACAACAGCCAUGAAGGGAAAACGAAAAGUUGGAAUGGGUAUUAAACAAAAUAAAAAAACUACAAAAAAAGGUGGAACUUUAAGAAAAAGAAAACGUAUUAUUCUAACACCAAAAAAGGGUGGAUUUUUACCUUUUCUAUUACCAUUACUAGGAGCUUUAGGAGCUGUAGGGGGAGGUGCAGCAGGAAUUGCGAAAGCAGUGAAUGAUGCCAAAGCAAAUCGUGAACAACUUGCUGAACAGCAAAGACAUAAUUUGGCUGUGGAGCAAGCUACAAAAAUGGGGAAGGGUUUUUAUUUGAGACCUUACAAAGGAUAUGGAAUAAAAAAAAACUAUAAAAACAACAAAACGGGGAAAGGGGUUUUACCUAAAACCGUACAAAGGAUCUGGAACCCAACAAAAAAAAUAAAAAAAAUCUCUAUUAAAUUACCUAAGCACUCGUUAACUAAUAUUGAUCUAAAAAAAUAUGUAAAUGUUCUUAGGAUUCCUUACUUUCGUGGUGUGUAUAUGAGAGAUUCUUUACCAUAUAAAAUUAAAUCAAAAGAAUCAGGUAUAAUUAAUCUUGAUGUUGAAAGUGGUACUGGUACUCAUUGGACAGCAUAUAGCAAAAAUAAUAAAAACAUAAUUUACUUUGAUAGUUAUGGAAAUUUACCCCCUCCACUUGAACUAAUCAGAUAUUUUAAAAGUAAUGGUUUAGUUAAAAUUAAAUAUAAUUAUGAUCCUAUUCAAUCUUUCAACUCUUAUCACGGUGAAUCUACAAUUUUAACUGCGAAUUUUAAUCCUCCCAUAUAUCUUGAUGAAAAUAUUGAAUAUGAAAUUGGAUUAAUAAGUUUUGAUACCUUUAACAGCAUUCCAAAUGUUCAUGCUAAGAAUAAUGUUUUAGUGUGGGGUAUAAAUAAUCAAUUUAAAUUUGAAAUACCCAUAGGUGCUUAUGAAAUAAAUGACAUAAUUAAAAUUAUAGAAAAACAAGUAUUUGACAGCGGUGCUACAAUUCGAAUAACACCAGAUGUAAAAACAUCUACAAUUACAAUAAAAAGUAGUGAGUGGAUAAAUUUUAGUGUUAAUAACUCGAUUGGUAACCUACUUGGAUUCUCUAAAACUAAACUUGAACCAGAUAUAAGUCAUACUUCAAAUAAAAUAAAUAUUUUAAAAGUUAAUACAAUAUGUGUUGAUUGUAAUAUUGCUGUUGGAUCCUUUUUAAAUGGGGAACCUUUUAGUGAUACUACAAUUGAAGAUUAUCAAUUUCAUAUUUAUCAGUCAAAUUCAUCAGCUAUUCCAAAUUAUAAUGAUGAAAUUAGAAUAACUAUAGAAGAACUUGAUGCUUAUACUCUACCUUGUAAUAGCUAUAUUUAUAUGGAAGGUAAAAUGUUAACAGAUCAGAAAAAAGUACCUACUAAAUUUGAAUUUAUUAAUAAUAGUAUCGCUUAUAUGUUUAAAGAAAUUAGAUAUGUAUUAAAUGGUGUAACAAUUGAUUCUGUAAGACAAGUUGGUUUAGUUUCUAGCUUGAAAAAUUACUUAUCAAUAAAUGAUAAUGAAAGUAAGUUAUUGCAAAACGCUGGUUGGUUUCCAAAAGGUGAACAAAAAAUUUUAUUAGAUAAAAAUGGAAAUUUUAAUGUAAAUAUACCUUUAAAAAUGUUUUCCGGAUUUUUUGAAGAUUUUAGAAAAAUAAUAUUAAAUAUGAAACAAGAUUUAAUUUUAAUUAGAUCUAGUGAUGAUAUUGAUGCAGUUCUUGCAAAAGAUGAAACAGAAAAACCAAACAUUCAGAUAACUAAAUUGUUUUGGAAUGUACCCCAAAUUACAGUUAAUAUCGAAGAACAACUACGCUUGAAUAAUAUAAUUAGUAAAAAUAUUGAAUUACCUAUUAAGUUUAGAAGUUGGGAUCUAAUUGAGUAUCCUACUUUAAAUGAUUCCACACGUCAUACGUGGGCAGUAAAAACUUCAACAAAAUUAGAAACACCUAGACAUAUUAUAAUAGCAUUUCAAAAAGAUCGAAAAGGUCAACUUUUAAAAGAUAUGAGUAAAUUUGAUCAUUGUAAUCUAUCAAAUAUUAGGGUUUUCUUAAAUUCAGAUCGUUUUCCCUAUCACGAUUUAAAUUUAGAUUUUGAUACUAACCGUUUUGCAACUUUGUAUGAAAUGUUUGCUAGCUUUCAAGAAUCUUACUAUCAUAUUCAAACAAACCAACCUAUAUUCAACCCCGAAGAAUUUAAAACAAAAUGUCCGAUAGUUCAUAUUGAUUGUUCUCGUCAAAAAGAAGUAAUUCAAAGUGGUUCCGUUUCUCUUAGAAUUGAAUUUGAAACUAGUAAGCCUACAGGAAAUGAUGUGUCAGCUUUCUGUCUAAUUUUACAUGAAAAAGAAUUUUUUUAUAAUCCUCUAACAAAAAUAGUACGACAGAAGUAA